UAGAUUCGCGCUAAAUUUGUAGCAAAUCAGACACAACGGAAGCAGAGGGCAGAGAGACAAAGCUUCGAGAGAGAUAAAUGGAAACCCCCGAUCCUUCCAAUUCCCGCAAGUACGGCGUCCCUUUCUACGCAGCCGCUUGGCUGCCUUUCACUUCUCUCAACUCCCACCAGGAACCUCCACUAUCUGAAAAUGAUCAUCCAGAUCAGUCCAAUGAUGCUCACAUUUCCGCCAACCACAAAUCUCCUCCAUCUCACCCAACCGCCGCACUUAAUUACUACAUAGCCGCUGCUGGCGGUGGCGGAGAAGGUCGGAGUGGAAUUUCCAAUGCCCUCCUACUCGCUUAUUUCGAUUUCGAAUCCCGCUCUCUCUCUGAUCAGCCUGUUGCAAAAUAUGGUACUGGUUCUGAUUUGCCUUACAGAAUGGCUGUUCAUCCAGCUGGAGAUGGAAUUAUAUGUUCUUUGCCAAAAAGUUGCAGCUUGUUUAAAUUGGAUACCAAAAAGGACGCUGGAGACAAUAAACUUGGGCUAAAACUCUCUCAGGAGGUGCUCAGCCAGUUGGAAGAUGUUGGACUACAAUUAGCUUUGGCAUUUAAUAAUGAGGGCUCUUUGCUUGCUACAGGUGGUGAGGAUGGAAAUUUAAGGGUCUUCAAGUGGCCUAGCUUGGACAUUAUUCUCAAUGAGCCCAGUGCCCAUUCUAGUGUGAAGGACUUGGAUUUCAGUUAUGAUGGUAAAUAUCUGGUCUCCUUAGGUGGCCCUUGUAGAGUGUGGGAUGUGACUUCAUCAAGUGUAGUAACUUCUCUUACAAAAGAAAAUGAUGAGGUUUUUAUCUCAUGUAGAUUUUCAAUGGCCAUUGAUGGAAAUAUGGUUUUAUAUACUGCUGCAGUGACUGGCAGAGGUGGAAGCAUUAUAACCUGGAAUGCAACCACGUGGAGGAGGGUAGCCUCAAAGCUCAUUACUCGUGAUAAUAUUACUGCAUUCAAUGUUUCGACUAAUGGAAAACUCCUUGCCUGUGGCACAACCCAGGGUGAUGUUCUGGUCAUCAAUUCAACCAGCAUGCGAGUUCAACAGAUAGUUAAAAAGGCACACCUUGGUUUUGUAACUGCACUGAGCUUUUCUCGCGAUUCAAGGGCUUUGGCUUCCGCAUCAAUGGACUCGAGUGCUAGGGUGACUGUAAUUGAAGAGAAACAGAAAAAAGGAAUGAGCUUGUGGGUCAUCAUAUUCAUCUUGCUUAUCGCCAUUGCUGCAUAUUUUAUCAAUGCUGAAAUUCUCAAGCUUGAGCUUCCCACCUUUUCCCAUAGUAAAUGAAAAUCGAGCGAUCAAGAAACUUCCAUACUCACACAAUUUGAAUUGGUACUCUAAUUUCAUCUUCAUUGGUAUUUAUUAUAUUCAAAUUCAAAUAAGCAGUGUUCUAAUUCUAUGUCAUAGGUAAAAUUCCUUCAUUUCUGUUAAUGUUCAAAAUUGACAUCUUCCUGCACCUACUCUCUUAAGUUGGUCGCUUUUCUAACCUUUCCCCUCUCCAACAUUAAAUAGUGUAAUUCACAUCCUAUGAAUAUGAUUUUUGGAUGCUUGUCAAAAGAAAUGAAUGUGGCUGUCAUAAAGAUUAUCCAUAAA